AUGCUCUCCCUCCACCCUCAAGAUCACUACCAGCAAUCCACGUCUGGCCUCGCCCUCCGAGCAGCCAUUGCCCAGCUCCACUCACCAGCCCCCAACUUCUCAUCACCUUGUCCCACACCAAACAUGGGCGAAUACAGCCGGGCGAACGGGGCGGCACCGUCUGAAGCAGUGGUAGCUCGGGCUUUGGACACUGCGAGAAACACCCCCGAUGGUGCUGAAGACCCGGUCGUGAACGCAAUACUCGAGGCUGCCAUCGACAGGAUCUGGAAGAAAGUCGAAGCCCGACCCGACUCGUAUAUCAUGAGUAGGGGCGAGUUCGCCGUCUUCAACUACUAUCAGGUGCGCUUCACUGGGAACAGCGUGGCUAUUGCUGCGCGCAAAAGAUACUGGGACAACACACAUGCUUGA